AUGAACGAGUGACUUGUGUGGAAAGCUUCCUGUAAUCACAACCAGACAGCCAGCACGUUCCUCUGAGGUUCCCCUCCUUCUAAUUCACAAUGGCUGAUGUUGGGGAGGUGAUCUACACAGCACUGGAAAUAUUCAUUGCUGUUGCCUGUUGUCUGGGCAAUGUGCUGGUCAUCUGGGCAGUGUGGACAUCUGGAGCCCUCAGGCAGCCCACCUUCUGUUUCAUUGCGUCCCUCGCAGUGGCUGAUUUCCUGGUGGGGGCUCUGGCUGUCCCCCUGGCUGUGCUGGUGGAUGGACGGGUCGAGAUGUCUUUCCAUGGCUGCCUUUUCAUCAGCUGUGUGGUCAUCGUGCUGACUCAGGCCUCUGUGUACUCCCUAUUGGCCAUUGCUGUGGACCGAUAUCUGCGUGUUUACAUCCCUCUCAAGUACAAAGGACGAGUCAAACGGACACACUCUUGGGCCAUAGUGACAGUAUGUUGGAUGAUUGCUGCUGUGUUGGGCUUCAUUCCUAUGUUUGGAUGGAACAACUACAACUCUUUACAACCUUCCAACUCCACCACCAUCGUGUGCCAGUUCCUGACCGUCAUACCAAUGUCCUACUUGGUCAACUUCAUCUUCCUCAGCUGCCUUCUUCCUCCCAUGGUGAUCAUGACUGUUCUGUAUGGCUUCAUCUUCUGCACAAUAUCUCAGCAGCUGAGAGGAGGUGUUAUCAGGGCCGUCAAGUCCAGCACAUAUUACGUUAAAGAGAAGAAGCUGGCCAGUUCACUGGCUCUUGUUCUGGCUCUGUUUGCAGCCUGCUGGCUGCCCAUACACAUCAUGAACACCAUUGAGUUUUACAGCCAGAGCAGCCUUGUCCCUCACAUCGCUUUCUAUGUUGGCAUUCUCCUCUCACAUGCCAACUCAGCGGUGAAUCCUGUAGUUUAUGCUUUCAAGAUACCCAAAAUAAAGAAAGCAUACACAAUGGCCUGGAGGAAGGCUCUCCCAUGUCAGAGAGAACAGCAAACAGAUCAGAGCAGAUCAGAAACCAAUGCUAGCAGCAUCACAUACAGCACUGCUAAAUCUGCUACAGUUCUUACAUGAGCUGCAUAU